AUGCCUCGACUUCCUGGCCGCGCGGCGCUCCCCCUCUGCGUGGUGCUGCUGACCGCGCUGUUGGCCGCGGUGCGAGGGCUCCCCCUGCGGAAGCCGCGGGGCCCCGGCUGGAGCCACGUGAGGCUGGCGGAGGUCUCGGCCUCCCCAGACCCCAGCUCUCCUAGAGAAGAAGAGGAGACCACUCUGCUCUCCAGAGCCCGCCUCCAGGCAGGGCUGCGCCGACACAGACGCUGGGCUCUCACUGAGCCAGCAGCCCUGACCCUGGACGAGACCUCCUUGCCCGGGACCCUGGAGGACGCUCCCUUGCUGCUGGAGCUGCAGAAGCUGCCGGGAUUGGCCAACACAGACUUGAGUGCCCCAAACCCCAAUAUCCAGGUGACCAUCGAAGUGGUGGAGGACCCCCAGGCUGAGGUGGAGAUGGACCUGCUGGCUGAGCCUAACAAUCUCUGGUCCCAGGGUGCCCCCAGCUGGCUGCCUGCCAAGGAACUCUUCUGGCCCCUAUUCUGGGGCUACCUGGAGGGCGAGGAAGGGAGGCCCAGCCUCAAGGGCAGAGCCCCAGGGGAAGAGGAGGAAGAGGAAGAGGAGGAUUACCCUCCAGAGUACAGUGAGAGUGAGGACCAAGAGGACAGCGAUGGGGAAGACGAUGACGCCGACCAGGAGCGUGGGUUCAGUGGGGCCGCAGGAGGCUGGGAGCAGGGCUGGCUGCACCCCGGGGACCGGGCCUUCAAGGAGCCUGAGAGCUACGACUCUGAGCUUCAAGAGGAAUGGAGCCCCUGGUCUCCCUGCAGUGGGAGCUGCGGCAGCGGCAGCCAGCAGAGGACUCGGCCCUGUGGCUACGCCUGCACUGCCACCGAGUCCCGUGCCUGCGACCUGCCCCCCUGUCCUGGCGCUGAGGACAAGGACCCCUCGGGCCUCCCCAGUGAGGGGUGGCGGCCCCUGGCCCACAAUGCUACGGACAUGCUCAGCCCAGAUGUGGACAGCUGUGAGAAGUGGCUGAACUGCAAGAGUGACUUCCUAGCCAAGUACCUGAGCCAGGUGCUGCGGGACCUGCCCAGCUGCCCGUGUGCGUACCCGCUGGAGGCCGUGUCCAGCGCCGUGAGCCUGCAGGACGAGCACCAGGGCCGCAGCUUCCGGUGGAGGGACGCCAGCGGCCCACGCGAGCGCCUGGACGUGUACCAGCCCACGGCCCGCUUCUGCCUGCGCUCUCUGCUGUCCGGGGAGAGCAGCACGCUGGCCGCCCAGCACUGCUGCUACGACGCGGGCAGCCGGCUGCUGACCCGAGGCAAGGGUGCCGGCGCGCCCGACCUCGUCAGCACCGACUUCUCGCCCGAGCUGCACUUCAAGGUGGACACGCUGCCCUGGAUCCUGUGUAAGGGGGACUGGAGCCGCUACCACGCCGUGCGGCCCCCGAACAAUGGCCGGGCCUGCACGGACAACCCCCCCGAGGAGGAAUACCUGGCGCAGUUGCAGGAGGCCAAGGAGUUCUAAUGAGGGCUGCUGUGCUGGAGAACUUUCCUCGUGGGCCGCUCACCCUGCCUGGCCCAGACCUGGUGAGGCCAGUCUGGUGCCUCGAGCCCUCUGCCUUUGAACCUGAGGCGGGGAGGUCAGCACCCCAGGUGUCGGUGUGGGGUUGGGGAGAAGGUUGAAGCGUGUAUAAGGCCCAGGGUGAGAGGAGGGAGCUCAGCUCCCAAGGCCCCCGGGGCUGCCGGGAGAUGCGUAUCUGUGGCAGCCUUACCUCUUGCCCGCUGGGAGGCUCUGUCGCAGCCUGGACACCCAUUGUCCUCCCUCUCCCUCUGUGCUCAGGUGUGCGCCGGGCUCUCCACACACCCUGAUUCCCGGGACCUGCGGUGAGUCACUUAGAGCCCCAGCCCUGAGGGCCAGUCUCGUCGUCCCGGCCCGCGGGCCAGCGGCCAGCCAGCCCUGGGCCAGCAGCCCUCCUUAGGGCUGAGCAGUCGCACGUGGCCCGCUUGCCCACCCCCGCUGGGAGGGUUAACCUCAGCCCCGAGCUGCCUUUCGUUGGACACCACUUUAGUCUAGGGCUGAAGGCCAUCAGUGGGACCAUAAGUGGAUAGACAGGCCGUGGCAGCCAAGACAAGGCAGGAUCCAGGUGCAGAACGGAUCAAUGAACUCUGGUCCCUUUCUUUGUCCAGCUCACCUCUGUUCUGUCCAGGUUGUAGAAAUGUGUGGGGCUGGGAGUUCACAGCGCCCUGAAUGAGCACAGCGGCCAGGCUUGGGGUGGGUUCAGAACCAGCCCAGAAGGAUGUGUCAUGUGCAGGGUGAGCUGGUAAAUCAGCUCUCCCGGGGGGGGUGGCAGGGGGACAGCCCCAAUUUAUAGCAUUUGGGCAAUUUCUGUGGUGUAAACGUUCCCUCCAUGGCCCACUUCAAGCUCCCAAGGUGAUGUUGCUGAAUGCACUGAGCUCAGGGUUGGGAAGAGAUGCGUAUGAUCAGCUCUCCCAGCACACCUCGUGCCCCUUCCCUGCCUCUCCUCACCCCCCUUCUCCCCCUCCCCUCUGCAACCACACUUUCUUGCCUUCUGUGGGGUUGAAAUGCUGAUAUCCCAACUGUCUCUGUUCAUAAAAGCCUCCAAGUGUAGGGAACUUCAGUCCUAGCGCCUAGGCAGCUGCCCUGAAACUCUCUGGGAACCUCAGCAAUAAAGCACUUUAUUUUCAAAUUCUGUCUGAUGAAGCAUUUGGAGCCCCAGCAGAGCAGAGGGGUGUACGGAGCCCUUGCUUGCAGUCCCAGCCAAGCUCCCCUGGGCUGCGUUUGUGAUUACCUAACCCUGCUGGGCAGGCAGAGCUCCGGGGUGCAGAGUUUAGUUUAGACUAAACAUCAGAUAGGUUAUCUUUACUCAAACUCGUGAAGGGUUACCUGGGAGGCAGGGAAGAGCUAGCAGGACCUUAGGGGCACAUUCACUCCAAGUCCUUUGGUCAGAUAGAUCAAUUGCACUUACACCAGAGGAAGUGACCCCCACUUCCCCAAGCAACUUGCUGCAAGGGGAUCCGACGCGAGUUGUCCCAAGAACUACACCUAUGAGAGAGGUGGACCCGCCCUACCUUAGUUGGUACCCUUACCACACACUCCACUGUCACUUCUGGCAUUUGGGGAAGUCACAUCAGGAAGCAGAAUGAGACAAGGUGUGUUCAGAGUCACUACCUGGAGGAACUCAGAGAGCCAUAUAUUUCCAAUUACAUCACACCUAGAGGGAGGUUUAUUAGUCUGGUCCUGGAUCACCGUCUAGCAGCACUCUGGGGCAACUAGAAUAUUACAGGGUCAGAGAGGCCAGGAUCUCAGGUCACUAGGUGGGAGCCAAGUUCCCUUCCCUGUCUCUUGUCUGGGGAAUUCAAUACGAUUAGCACAGGAAUGUUUUAAUUAUGUUUUAGCUGAAACUUAAAAAAAAUAAAUAACAAGAUAGAGAUAUCCCAGAGUCUGUUUUCACAGGAAACUAAUUCCCCUCCUUUCUAACAUAAUUUACCUUGACACUUAAACACACUGUCUAAAUUUAAUCUAUACCUAAUGCUUUGUCUAUUACCCAAACUGAACUUAACCAGCCCCAUUUUUAAUCUAAGUGACAUGCUAAAUUGCUACCACGUCAGGCCACAGAUGAGAGAAACUAAAGAAAAGGGAGCUGGAAAGGAGCCUUGAAGGGGCUGGGGCAUUGAUCAGCUAUAAAAUGGUGUUUAUUCAAACUGUACAAAGGAGAAAGAGAUGCUGUGCAGGUGGCUGCCGGCUUAGGGGACACCUGUGUGUGAGGAGAAAGCGUCACAGAGGGGUCACUGACCCUGUUAAAGGGAGGAUUUCAGGAGCCGCUGGUAUCAGAGCCAGGAGAGGCCCAUGAAAUCAGAGAGGACCCUCCGCCGCUCUGGUCCAGUGUAGGCCGUCCUGGCUCACCUGGCUAUUCUUCCCAUCCUGGACACCAGGAGCCAUCCGUGGCUAUGCAUCCAGCACGAACCCCACGGCUGUUUCUAACUUAGCUGCCCCGGCCACCUGGAUGUUUUUGCCCCAUUUUUCCUCCUCUGGGUUACCUCGUAAAAGGUUCUAGGCUACGCAAGACUGGUCACGUUGAGAGCUUCCCUGGUGGCCCAGUGGUUAAGAAUCCACCUGCCAAUGCAGGGGACACGGGUUUGAUCCCUGGUCCGGGAAGAUCCCAUAUGCCAUGGAGCAGCUAAGCCCGUGUGCCACAACUACUGAGCCUGCACUCUAGAGCCCACAAGCCACAACUACUGAGCCCGUGUGCCACAACUACUGAAGCCCGCACACCUGGAGCCUGUGCUCUGCAACAAGCCACCGCAAUGAAAAGCCCACGCAC